GUGGAGAACAGUCAGUCGUCGUUCGGCCGUCGGUUUGUGCAGUUCGUCAUGUGCCGCCCCCGGACGCCCUUUGCACGACGUGCCGCCGCUCUUUCCUCUGCAUUUCGUCUGCAUCCUGCCGAUGCGCGUACCCCGUCACGGUCGCCCAUCAACGUCCACUUUUGAUUUUUCUUUUGUUUUUUUCAAACCGGGAUGACGAACUGUUUUAUUAUCGAUUAGUCCUUGUUGUUAUUUACGGUGAUUUUAAAGGUCUUCCACAAAAACAAAACACGAAUGCGAAUCCAGAAGAUGUUAAACAGAAGAGACACGACCACGAUGAUUAUCUUCAGUCAAAACAGCGAAGACGCCGAGAUCGUGUUGAGUCUGGAGUCGCUCACCCAAGCCGGGAUCAUAUUCAUCAUGGCCCUGGCCAUUAUCGUGACUAAUGUGCUCAUCAUCGCCACCUUGGUCAAUUUUAGAGGUCCCAGCGAGGUCAUCAACUGUUACCUCCUCUCUUUGGCGGUGGCCGAUCUACUGUGCGGCGUAAUAGUCGUCCCCCUUUCGGUCUACCCCGCCAUAGUCAAGGACUGGGUCUACGGCGACGUCCUCUGCCGCCUCUUGGGGUACUUGGAGGUGACCCUGUGGGCCGUAACAGUCUACACCUUCAUGUGGAUCAGCGUAGAUCGCUAUCUAGCGGUGCGUAAACCUCUUCGUUACGAAACUCUACAGACGAAGACCCGGUGCCAAUGCUGGAUGGCGUUCACGUGGAUCUCUUCGGCGAUGCUCUGCUGCCCGCCCCUUCUGGGCUUCACUAAGCCCCUCUUCGACUCAGACGCGUACGUGUGCAUGUUGAACUGGGGCAACAUGGCCGCCUACUCAGCCACCCUCUCCAUACUAAUCUUGGGCCCCAGUCUGAUCACCAUCGUUUACACUUACACGUACAUUUUCAUGAUGCUGAGGAAGCUGAGGAGCGGGUACCCGUUCCACGAUAAGGAGUACGCCACCGCCCUCUCCGAGAACUUAUCGAACCCCAGUCACGUGAUGUCUUUCGCCCUGGUGGUGGCCUUCUGGUGCUCCUGGACCCCCUACAUCGGGGUGAAGAUGUACGAGUACUUCACCGGGGUCAAGUUGCAGGUGCAGUUCCUGCAUUUCGGGGUGGUGUGGCUGGGGUUCCUUAAUUCCUUCUGGAAGGCCUUGAUCUUGAUCAUAUUGAGUCCUCAGUUCAGACUUGCGCUGAGGAUCUUUUGCAUGACGAUCUGUUGCAAGUAUAAAGGGCGACUGCAGGCCGAAUUAAUCGGUAUGGACCCGGACGACUGACUAAAAAAGGGACGUUUACCCAUUCCCGCAUGCCUCUCGCCCCUCAACCGUAGAUUCCGCUUUAACGGACUCGCUUUGCAUGACUUUGGUUACGUUUUAAGGAAAAUGAGGACGUACUGGUGCCAAUCGGACAAAGGGGAUGACGUAAACAACAAGAAACAAAAGAAGAUAUCGUUAUUGUGAUGACGCUUAUUAAGAUGGAUUUUUUAAACUACCUCCUCUUAGAGGACUUUUUUUAGGGUUUUAUUAGGGUCGUAUAUAAAAGUCAAUUACGAGUCGUAAUUUAAAUCAAAGUUAAUCAAAAAAAAAAAUAAAUAAAAUAAUAAAAAAAAUUAGGCUUGACAAAAUGCAAUCGAUUUUUAGGUUUAUUGUAUGUAUAUAUAAAUAUACCGGGGAUCAUCAGUAAAUAAAUGUGACAAAAAAAAAAUAAAAAAUUAAAUGCCCCCGGUAUACCUCGUCCAAUAGAAGUUGUAUUACUUGGACGUACUAUACAGUGAUUUUAGCCGGUAGUUCUAUCUUUAUCUAAUGCAUGUUGUUAUUGAAAUAAUAUAUAUUAUCUGCUCAUCAAUUUUUACGAUAGAAAUAUUAUGUACUACUAGUUUUCUACUGUUAAAGCUUAGAUGUUUUAAAGAAAAACAAAAAACAUGUAAUUUCCAAAGUUGUUCAUAAUAUUUUAAAAAAUAAAUAAAAACGAUUUUAUUCAAGUA